UCUAAGUAUGCUCAUUCGCCACUGAAGCGCCGUGCGGAUCAGUCGAGUUUCAAUAUGAAGGCUUUAAUCGCCUUUUUCGCUGCCUUAGCGCUUGUCGCUGCCAACUCACCGACUCCAGUUGGCAAAGUCGUCUGUUACUAUGAUAGCAGAAGCUAUGUCAGAGAAUCUCAAGCUCGUAUGCUGCCGAUGGACCUGGACCCGGCUUUGUCGUUCUGCACCCACUUGAUGUACGGAUAUGCCGGCGUUCACCCCGACACGUACAAGAUGGUGCCCCUCAAUGAGAACCUCGAUGUCGACCGUACACACGCCAACUACCGAGCUAUCACCAACUUCAAAGGAAAAUACCCCGCUUUGAAACCAAUGCUGUCUGUCGGAGGUGACGUUGAUACUGAAGAUCCUCAAAAAUACAACUUAUUGCUGGAAUCACCACAAGCUCGUACAGCCUUUGUAAACUCCGCCGUGCUUUUGGCUGAGCAACACGGCUUCGAGGGCAUUGACCUUGCUUGGCAGUUCCCCAAGACUAAGCCAAAGAAGAUCCGCUCUACAUGGGGAUCAAUCUGGCAUGGUAUCAAGAAAACUUUCGCCACGACACCAGUUGAUGACAAAGAAACUGAACAUCGCGAAGGUUUCACGGCUCUCGUGCGCGAAAUGAAGCAAGCGCUUAGUCUCAAACCCAACAUGCAGCUGUCUGUGACUAUCCUGCCUAACGUAAAUGCUUCCAUUUACAUCGAUGUGCCUGCUAUCAUUAAUCACGUAGACUUCGUAAACUUGGAAACAUUCGACUACAGCACGCCGCAGAGGAACCCGAAAGAAGCCGAUUACACCGCGCCGAUAUACACCCCACAAAACAGAAACGAAUUGCUUAACGCCAAUGCAGCUGUUAACUAUUUCACACAGGCCGGCGCUCCUACAUACAAGAUCAUUGUGGGCAUCGCUACAUUUGGUCGUACCUGGGCCCUUGACUCCGAUAGUGAAAUUGCCGGAGUUCCUCCAAUCCAUGCUAAUGGCCCCGGUGAAGCAGGGCCAUACACAAAAACCGAAGGACUUCUCAGCUACCCUGAAGUGUGCGCUAAGCUGAUCAACCCCAAUCAUCAAAAGGGCAUGCGUCCUCACCUGAGGAAGGUUACUGAUCCCAGCAAACGUUUCGGAACUUACGCUUUCCGCGUGCCUGAUGACAACGGCGAAGGCGGACUUUGGGUGAGCUAUGAAGAUCCAGACACGGCUGGACAAAAGGCAGCUUUCGUUAAGUCCAGAGGUUUGGGUGGAAUCUCGAUCGUCGAUCUUUCCAUGGACGACUUCCGCGGUCUUUGCACCAGCGACAAAUAUCCAAUACUCCGCGCUGCUAAAUACCGCCUUUAAAUAUUAACUUCUAAUUAAAGACGUGUUUAAGAUUAAAAUUUAAGAGCAAAUACAUAUAUAAUAUUGUUAUGUCAUAAAUAAGUUAAGAUCUCCAUAAUAAUUAAUGUAUGCACUGAUUCGUAUAUUUCUCAUUAAAAAUCAGGUACCAUCCGAGGUAUCGCCAGCAGAUGAUCAAGGGGGAGGAUGUGGUUCAAUUUUUUAACUUAAAACUGACAU